AUGAAGGAGGAUAAAGUUGGUUAUGAUGGCCCUCAAGAUCCAUCUGUUUAUCAAUUGGAACAGGGAACAAUGCGAUGCACUGAUGUUGCACUUACGGAACAAGGAGGAGGCGGAGGAGGCACUGAGAUGGACGACAUGAAAAGAGGUGCUGAAUACUGGAAAAGGAAGGCUGCUAGUUAUCAGUUCAGAAGCACUUUUUAA